AUGUGCCAUGAUCACUUUCAGGUUGAGCUUGGACCUUUAAUCAACUUCAUUGUUGGCAAAAAUGGUAGUGGAAAGAGCGCGGUUCUCACAGCAAUAACUCUCUGCUUGGGUGGGAAAGCGUCAGCUACUAACCGUGGGCAAAGCCUCAAAAGCUUUAUCAAGGAAGGAAAAGAGGCGGCCACGAUUGUUGUACGAAUCAAAAACCAAGGCGAGGGUGCUUACAUGCCCGAUGAUUAUGGGAAGUCAAUUAUUGUGGAGCGUCACUUUUCUAAGAAUGGCACAAGCGGCUUCAAAAUUAAGUCAGAAAGCGGGCGCAUCAUAUCUACCAAGAAGGCCGAACUAGAUGCCAUAAUCGACUACUUCACCCUGCAGUUUGAGAAUCCCAUGAAUGUUCUUUCACAGGACAUGGCUCGUCAGUUUCUUAGCUCAUCAAGCCCCGCUGAGAAGUACAAGUUUUUCGUGAAGGGAGUUCAGCUGGAACAGCUUGACCAGGAUUACCGACUAAUCGAGGAAUCUGCGGAUCAAAUUGAGGAAAAGCUCGGAAGCAAAGAACAGGAUAUCGGCAUUUUAAAGAACCGCAGGGACGCUGCAAAGCGAAAAUUAGAAAUAUCUGAUCAGCAUGAAUCCCUGAGAAGCCGAAUCAGAAAUCUCCGAAAUCAAAUGGCUUGGGCCCAGGUCGAAGAACAAGAGCAGGCUCAGAUGAGGGAUUUCCACGGAGGUGAAAUUUCAAGAGCAGACAGCGAAAUAGCCGAAGCUGAAUCAGAACUCGGAAGAUACGAUGUAACAAUUCAGGAAGCUGAGGCUGAACACGAAGCAGCCGCAGAAUACGUCCAACAAGCUACUGUCAAAGUUGAAAACGCCGAGAGUGAAAGAAGAGAUGUCAAAAAUAAACUGGAUGAAAGCAUGAACGAACGACACAACCUCCAGGCUCAACAACGCCAGAUAAAAGAGCAUUUGAAAGCAGCAGAAGACAGACAAAAGGAUAUAGAGCAAAAGGUUAGCCAGGAGAAUCAACGGUUGUCUGAAAUCAGUGGUGGUGGAUUUGCGCGCAGGCAAGAGGAACUCAGGCAAGCGCGACAAGACGUUGUCGAAGCCGUCGCACAAUACAAGGAGCACGAACGCAAUGCGGACCGCAUAAAUGCGAAUCUAAAAGAGGCUGGAAAGAAUAUAGAGGCAGCAAAACAACCGGCCAGUCAGGCGAAGCAGGAGGUUGAACAGGCCGAGGCCUUAUUACGGAACCUUCGCAAAGAAGGCGGAAGCAAAAUUUCAGGUUUUCAUGAGAAGAUGCCGGCUCUUCUCAAGGCAAUUCAGCAAGAGCGGUCAUUCACCAAGGCGCCCGUUGGGCCCAUUGGUAACUUUGUGACCUUGCUAAAACCCGAAUGGUCGUCUAUCUUGGAAAGCUCGCUUGGGGCAACACUGAACAGUUUCAUCGUUACCUCGAAAAGAGAUUCAAAUAUUCUGUCUAGACUUAUGCAAAGAGUCAACUGUGACGGCCACAUAGACACAUCUCAACACGAACCGGACCUCCAGUUUGACACAGCUCUACGGAUCGAAAGUGAACUAGUUCGCCGACAUUUGGUCAUUAACCACGGAAUAGAACAAAUGCUCCUUAUAGAGAACCUAGAAGAGGCAUCUUCUGUUCUUUUCGAUGGCGAGAGACCUAAAAAUGUGAAACGCUGCUAUUGUAUUAACCAAGCUGACAGACGUCGAGGUAUUCAUUUGUCCUACAGCCGCACUGGUGAACCAAGCCAGGCACCCGUCUCGGUCUAUACUGGGAAUCCACGGAUGAAAUCUGAUCAAGCAUCCCAGAUUAGGGUACAGCAAGGUGUUGUUGCACACCUUAGAAAGCAGUUGAACGACCGAGAGCAAGAAGUGCACUCGGCUCAUGCUCAUUUGGAGCGCUGCAAGCAAACACGUGUGCAAUAUGAAAGGAGGACAAGUGAGCUUCGUGUCGAAAUCCAACAAAAAGAAGAUCGUGCAGAUGAGCUUUCAGAGGCACUUGAGAGAGAAACUCUGGAAGAUGGCAAUCUCGAGGUGCUCCAGACGUCUCUCCGGGAAGUUGAAGAAGAGAAACGUCUAAAUGAAGGCUCGUUAAAAGAUAGCGUAGAUGCCAUGGCUUAUAUGAUGCGGACCUUAAAAGAUAUCCAGCGGGAACUCUCAGCCAAAGAAACUGAGGUUUCUAAAUUGGGAGAAGAGCUCAAGGUUGCUGAGAGUGAGCAACUCUUGAUUGCGGACAAGAAGCGAAAGAAGAUCGGCGAGAAAAACACUGCGGUGGAGCAAAUUGACCUCAUGAAGCGAGAUAGGGCAAGACUGGAUCAGAAGAAGGCGGAAACUAUAACUCGCAUUCUCGAUUACAGUGAGAAAGCGAGCCUUGUCUCGCCGCGUGUUGCAAUCGACGAAGGGGAAACUGCUGCUAGCCUAGACAAGAAACUCGACAGGCUGCAUAGAGACAUACAGCGAUAUAACAGAGAGCUGGGAGCUUCUCGAGAGGAAAUUGCCGCGGAGGCAGCCAAAACAAAUAAAGAUUAUGAACAGGCAUUGAAACAGAUCGAGGAGUUCCGGGCUAUUCUUGCUAAUAGGCAAUACUCACAGGUUCUUAAAACGACUCUCAAACACCGUAAGAAGCGCUGGCAAAUCUUUCGGUCUCACAUUUCUUCUCGUGCCAAAGUUGAGCCCGACAUCACAAAAGACAGCGAGGGGCGAGGGGCGAGGACUUUAUCAGGUGGUGAAAAAUCUUUCUCGCAGGUUUGCCUUCUCCUAGCCCUCUGGGAGGCCAUGGGAUCGCCCAUUCGCUGUUUAGAUGAAUUCGAUGUGUACAUGGAUCAGGUUAAUCGAAAGAUGGCAAUUGAUAUGCUGAUGCUCGCUGCCCGACGAUCAAUUGGACGACAGUUUAUACUCAUUACGCCGGGUUCAAGGGCCGAGAUCAGCCUCGCCCCUGACGUGAGAGUGAAGGAGGAUGCAAACUCAGAUGCCAAGUGGAAGGAACAAUUAAAACUCCCCGCUAAAGAUGCCAGACCACAAACUGAGGAUGUGACCGCCACCAAAGGUCUAGAAUUUGAAGACUUCUAUAUCAAACGAGAACUCAUGAUGGGCAUUUUCGAGGCUGGAUUCGAAAAGCCAUCGCCCAUCCAAGAGGAGACUAUCCCAGUCGCCUUGACUGGGAGAGACAUUCUAGCCAGAGCAAAGAACGGCACAGGAAAAACCGCAGCCUUUGUCAUCCCCACACUAGAGCGCAUCAAUCCUAAAAGUAUCAAAACACAAGCACUUAUCCUUGUUCCAACCCGAGAACUCGCACUCCAGACCUCUCACGUUUGCAAAACCCUUGGAAAACAUCUUGGAAUUAAUGUUAUGGUUACCACCGGAGGAACUGGUCUGAUGGAUGAUAUCAUCAGAUUGAACGACGCUGUUCACAUUCUCGUUGGAACCCCAGGUAGAGUACUCGAUCUUGCUAGCAAGGGGGUUGCGGACUUGUCAGAAUGCCCUACGUUUGUUAUGGACGAGGCCGACAAGUUGCUCUCUCCCGAGUUCACUCCAGUCAUUGAACAACUUCUUUCAUUCCACCCCAAAGACCGCCAGGUUAUGCUCUUCAGUGCCACAUUCCCACUUAUUGUGAAGUCUUUCAAGGACAAACAUAUGCGCAACCCCUACGAGAUCAACCUCAUGGACGAACUGACCCUUCGGGGUAUUACACAGUAUUACGCCUUCGUGGAGGAGAAGCAGAAGGUCCACUGUCUUAAUACCCUCUUCUCCAAACUUCAGAUCAACCAGUCGAUCAUUUUCUGCAAUUCAACCAAUCGAGUUGAGCUCCUUGCGAAGAAGAUCACCGAAUUAGGCUAUUCAUGCUUCUACUCACAUGCUCGGAUGCUACAACAGCACCGCAAUCGAGUUUUCCAUGAUUUCCGAAACGGUGUUUGUCGCAAUCUCGUUUGCUCGGAUUUGUUGACUCGAGGCAUUGAUAUCCAGGCCGUCAACGUUGUCAUAAAUUUCGACUUCCCGAAAAAUGCGGAAACAUAUCUCCACCGUAUUGGUCGUUCCGGUCGGUUUGGGCAUCUGGGUCUGGCAAUCAACCUUAUCAAUUGGGAUGACCGAUUCAACUUGUAUAAAAUCGAACAAGAACUGGGAACCGAGAUUCAACCCAUCCCACAAAAUAUUGACAAGAAACUUUAUGUAUACGACUCUCCGGACACCAUUCCACGGCCGAUAUCAAAUCCCUCGCAACCCCAUCAAGCACCGGCCGCAACACUAAACAUGAACCCCGGUGACCGCCGCCACCAUAACCACCCCAAUGGUGGGCAAUACCAGUCCAACAGAGGACGAGGCUCAUACCGUGGGGGCCGUGGACAGGGCCAGCGUCGCAAUAUUCAGAACGACGGAGGUAGAUUUAGUGCCUCCCAAGGCCAACCAAGCGGCAAACCUCAACCAGCAACGCAAGUUUCAUAA